AUGCCGAAACGUAAGUUGUCGUUCAAUGUUAACUUACAAGCAAAAUAUCCGUUUAUCAAGCAAAUAAAUACUCCCUCAGAUGUCAGAUGUGGAAAGUGUCGUACAGAAUUUAGCGUUUCCCACAGUGGUGCCAGGGAUAUUGAACAGCAUUUAAAUUCUAAAAAACAUAAAAAUGCUGAUCGUGCCGCCGCUUUGAGCUCUAUAUUGUUAACCUUUUUCAAGAAAUCGGACGCACCAACUUCAAAAGAUUUAAAUAUCGCCGUGACAGAAGGCGUCUGA